AUGAAUAGUAACCGAGGGGAGGAAAAAGUGAGACUUAUUAGAAGUUUUCAUUUGAGCUCAAAACAGAAGUCAGAACUGAUUAAGCAUAAUGGUAACUCCUUAGGAAUGAGGACAGAAAAGGUCACUGGGUGUCAGAAUAUGGGUGUUUUCAGUGAGCCUGGUAAGAUGUGUGCUGUGUAUACUCCUCGCGAAUCUUCUGUAGUUGAAGAAUAUAAACAAUGUAAAAAGUCUUUCACUGAGAAGACACACCCUAUUGUUCCUCAGAGAACACACACAGGAGAGAAACCAUAUGAAAGUAAAAGGUGUGGAAAGAUUUUCACCAGUAAGGCAUAUCUUACUGUCCACCAGAGAAGACACACCAAUGAGAAACCUUUUGAAUGUAACAUUUGUGGAAAGUCUUUCACCUGGAAGUCAAACCUCACUGUCCACCAGAGAACACACUCAGGAACAAAACCUUAUGAAUGUAACGUGUGUGGAAAGUCUUUCACCAAGAAGGCAUGCCUUACUAUCCACCAGAGAACACACACAAUAGAGAAACCUUUUGAAUGUAACAUUUGUAGAAAGUCUUUCACCUGCAAGGCAUAUCGCACUGACCACCAGAGAACACACACAGGAAAGAAACCUUAUGAAUGUAAUACGUGUGGAAAGUCUUUCACCAAGAAGUCAAACCUUACUGUCCACCAGAGAACCCACACAGGAACUAAACCUUAUAAAUGUAACAUGUGUGGAAAAUCUUUCACCCAGAAGUCAACUCUCACUGUCCAUCAGAGAACACACACAGGAACGAAACCUUAUGAAUGUAACCUGUGUAGAAAGUCUUUCACCAAGAAGGCAUGCCUUACUAUCCACCAGAGAACACACACAAAAGAGAAACCUUUUGAAUGUAACAUUUGUAGAAAGUCUUUCACCUGCAAGGAAUAUCUCACUAACCACCAGAGAACACACACAGGAAAGAAACCUUAUGAAUGUAAUAUGUGUGGAAAGUCUUUCACCAAGAAGUCAAACCUUACUGCAUAUCUUACUGUCCACCAGAGAAUCCACACAGGAGAUAAACCAUUUGAAUGUAAUGUGUGUGGAACGUCUUUCACUCAGAAUUCACACCUUACUGUCCACCAGAGUAGACACACAAGAGAGAAACGUUUUGAAUGUAACAUGUGUGAAAUGUCUUUCACCUGUAAGUCAAGCCUUACUAUCCACCAGAGGACACACACAGGAGAGAAACCUUAUGAAUGUAACGUGUGUAGAAAGUCUUUCACCUGGAAGACACACCUUACUGUCCACCAGAGAACACACACAAGAGAGAAACCUUAUGAAUGUAACAUGUGUGGAAAGUCUUUCACCCAGAAGCGAAACCUUACUGGCCACCAGAGAACACACACAGGAAAGAGACCUUAUGAAUGUAACGUGUGUGGAAAGUCUUUCAUCUGGAAGACACACCUUACUCUCCACCAGAGAACACACACAAGAGAGAAACCUUAUGAAUGUAACAUGUGUGGAAAGUCUUUUUCUGGCAAGCCAGGCCUUACUGGCCACCAGAGAACACACAUAGGAGAUAAACCUUAUGAGUGUAACAUGUGUGGAAAGUCUUUCACCUGGAAGUCAAACUUCAUUGUCCACCAGAGAACACACACAGGAGAGAAACCUUAUGAAUGUAACUGGUGUGGAAAGUCUUUCACCCGGAAAGCACACCUUACUUUCCACCAGAGAACACACACAGGAGAGAAACCUUAUGAAUGUAACUUGUGUGGAAAAUCUUUCUCCAGGAAGGUACAAUUUACUGUCCACCAGAGAACACACACAGGAGAGAGACCUUAUGAAUGUAACUUGUGUGGAAAGCCUUUUACGUGGAAGUCUUCGCUCACUGCCCAUCAGAGAACACACAGGAAAGAAACCUUAUGAAUGUCAUAUUGUGGAAAGUCUUUUAGAUAGCAGGUAUGCUUUACUCUCCACCAGAGAACACACAUAGGAGAAAAACCUUAUGAAUGUAACAUUUGUGGAAAUUCUUUCAUCCAGAAGUCAAAGCUUACUGGCCACCAGAGAACACACAUAAGACAGAAACCUUAUGAAUGUAACAUGUGUGGAAAGUGUUUCACCUGGAAGUCAAAUCUUACUGUCCAUCCAAAAAAACACAGAAAGAAAGCUUAUGAAUGUCAUAUGUGUGGAAAGUCUUUCAGCCAGAAGCCAGUCCUUACUGUCCACCAGAGAGCACACACAGGAAAUUUUAUGAAUGUAACCUAUGUGGAAAUUCUUUCACCCAGAACAUACACCUUUCUCUCCGUCAGAAAAAACCCCACCAGAGAGAAUUGUUAUGUAUGUAGCAGGCAUGGAAAUUCUUUCACCUGGUAG